AUGGGCCAAGGCUUCUCUCUCGCGACGCCGUAUGCUGGCUCGGCCAGCAUCGAUGUUCCUGAGCUGUCUGACCUUGUGUACGAGCGGAGCCUCGGCACGGCGCGCUUCAUGAAGAGCGUCCGCGCACGGCACCACGAUGGCGUCGUGUUGGUCAAGGUCCUGGCCAAACCCUACACACCCCUGUCGCUCGACAAGUACAAAAAGGAGCUCAUCGCUCAGCGAAAGGCCCUCGCCGAAGUUCCAAACGCACUCCCCUUUCAACGCAUCAUCGAAACCGAGACGAACGGCUACCUCGUCCGUCAGUUCCUCUACAACUCGCUGUACGACCGCAUGAGCACGAGACCCUUCCUCGAAGACAUUGAGAAGAAGUGGCUCGCCUUUCAGCUGCUCUGCGCCCUGCGUGACUGCCACGCACGGGACAUCUACCAUGGCGACAUCAAGUCCGAGAAUACCCUUGUGACAUCUUGGAACUGGCUGUACCUGACUGACUUUUCCUCGCCCAUCAAACCAAUUUUGCUUCCCGAUGACAACCCCGGCGAUUUCUCGUACUACUUUGACUCCUCUGGACGGCGGACCUGUUACUUGGCGCCCGAGAGAUUCGUUGCGCCGGAUGACGUGGGCACGAAAGAGGCCAAGCUCACCUGGGCCAUGGAUGUCUUCAGCGCCGGCUGUGUCAUCGCCGAAGUCUUCCUCGAAGCGCCCAUCUUCACCCUGAGUCAAAUCUACAAGUUCCGCAGGGGCGAGUAUGACCCGGUCAUUUCGCAGAUAAGCCGCAUACCGGACAGGGACGUUCGGGACAUGAUAUCGAGCAUGGUGCAACUUGAUCCUGAGAGACGAUACUCAGCAGAGCAAUAUCUCGACUUCUGGAAGGGCAAGGUCUUUCCAGAGUAUUUCUACAACUUUCUUCACCAGUACAUGGAGCUGGUCACGGACCCUUCUUCGGGCAACAGCCCGAUCUCUGGCGCGUCCAGAAACCUUGGCGAGGCCGAUGACAGGAUAGACCGCAUUUUCCUCGAUUUUGAUAAGAUUUCAUAUUUCCUCGGCUAUCAACCUGGCAAGCGCGACACCCAGGUCGUACCCCUGGCGAGCAAGCUCGGCCUCGGGCAUUUCCCAGUUCGACUCAACAUUCCGAACCAUGAGCAGUACGUGACGGGCAACCCGGAUGGCCCCAAAAAUGACGGCACCCUUAUCUUCUUGACUCUUGUCGUGUCGAGUAUCAGGCAUACGGCUCGCGCGGCUUCCAGGGUCCGGGCGUGCGAUAUCCUGCUUGCCUUUGCUGAGCGAAUACCCGACUUGGCCAAGUUGGACCGGGUGCUGCCUUACUUGGUGCUGUUGCUCGGUGACAAGUCGGACCUUGUUGUCAUUGCGGCGACUCGGUCGAUCACGCAGCUUCUGCAGCUUGUGACAGCCAUUUCCCCUGUCAACGCGCAUGUGUUCAUCGAGUACAUUCUUCCGCGCUUCCAGACUUCGCUUCUCGGCCCCUCCCCACCCGUGAGCCCACUCGUGCGAGCAACGUAUGCCUCGUGCCUCGGAGGCCUCGCGUCAACUGCAUUGCGCUUCCUUGAGAUGGCGGCGACCUUGAAAGCCAACGGUGCUCUGACUGUGGCUGACCCUGAGGUGGAACCAGGCAAAGAAGCAGAGGUAUUGGCUGAUAAUCUCUUCGAUGAUGCUCAGCGCGAACUCUUCUCCAUGUUCGAAGCACACACGAAAACACUGAUCGAAGACACGGAUGUCUCGGUCCGGCGUGCCUUUUUGACAUCGGUUCCGGAGCUGUGCAUCUUCUUCGGCCCGGCUGAGGCCAACGACAUUCUGCUCACCCACCUCAACACAUACCUCAACGAUCGGGACUGGAAACUGAAGUGCGCUUUCUUCGAUGCCAUAGUGGGGAUCUCGCGCUUGUCGGCAGCGUCAGCCUCGAGGAGUUCAUGCUGCCCCCUCAUGCUGGCUAAUCUCGGGCUCUUGUCCCGGGCGAGGUUGUGGGAGCUGAUCGACAUUAUUGGCAGAUUUACAAUGCACCCAAACCAGUGGAUUCGCGAGUCGGCGUCAGAGUUCCUCUCACAGGCGUCCAAGUUGCUGUCGCCGGCCGACAUCAUCGGUAUCGUGCUGCCGCUCAUUCAGCCGUAUCUGAAAACAGACAGGAUACCGGCAUUCGGCGAGCUCGAGCUAUUGGACACCUUGAAACGACCGCUAUCCCGAGCUGCGUUCGACCAGGCUUUGAGCUGGGCGCAGAAGACCAAAAAGAGCAAGUUCUGGACGCCGUCGCAGGAGCUGCGUCCCUCAGUAUCUAGGUCGUUACCCACCAGCCUUGCGACCAAGUCGUCCAAGGACCUGCACGUCAAUACACUCAGGCAGUCAGCGAGGACGACGGAAGACGACCAGUGGCUGGCGAGGCUGAAGAACCUUGGCUUGAGCCACGAAGAUGAGUUCAAGCUCGUAGCGUUGCGAGACUUUAUCUGGCGGCUCAGCCGCACAAAGACCGGCAUUGAGAGUCCCGGCGAGCCUACCACGACUAACGAAGUGGUAUUCCUCCAGAGCCUCGGCAUCACCCGUCAGACGGUCUUCUUUGACCAAGAGCUACCUCAGCAGCUGCCGGAUACGCCUGAGCCGGUCAAGCAAGGGCCCUACACUAUUGCGGACGCACUGCUCGAUGCGUCCAUGACGAUCAACGACUCGGCGAGUAAGAGACGCCUGGCUACCUUGAACAGCUUGAGGACACGCGUGGUUGAAGGGCCUCCCUCUCGUGACGUUUCGCGCACACGACCGAUUGACACAAAGAAGAGGUUAGGGACGGGUCAAGGGAGCCUUUUGACCGUCGGCAGCCCAGUUGAUGACGAUUCUUCCGUGAAGGAUCAGCCUUAUGCGUCACGGAGAGCCAUGCGACACCAAGCAAGCGCGUUGAGUCUUCUGGGACGCAAGGAGAGUAAUAAGAGCGUGCCUGAGACGAGCAUGACGGAGACGAAUGCUUUUGGAGAGGUCGAAGGGCCCUUUUCACAGGAUACCGGCGCCCGCCCCGGUGUUGGGGACCGCCAACCGAGUGCGGCGACUCUCAGCGGAAAUGUGAAGGCCAAUCACUCAUACGAGGGCAACGACCCCAGUAUACUGAAGAUGCUCGAUGCCAUGUACGUCAAUGUGUUCCCGCAUGACAUUGUCGAAUUUGGACCACUCGUCACGCCUGUCAGCCGCCGCGAGGCUGUCAACAAGACGACAGGACCCGGGGGCGAGGAGCCAUGGAGACCUACCGGACGGCUUGUGGCGACUUUUGGGGAGCAUGCGGGCGCCAUCAACCGUCUCAUCGCUUCCCCAGACCACGUCUUCUUCCUUACCGGCGGAGACGAUGGCACCGUUCGGGUCUGGGAUACGGCAAGGCUGGAGAAGAAUAUUACCAACCGCUCGAGGCAGAUUCACAAGCACGCGCCUGACGCGCACGUCCUCGCACUGUGUUUCGUGGAGAACACGCAUACCUUCAUCAGCUGCGCCAGCGACGGCAGCGUCCACGUUGUCAAGGUUGAGACAGUGGGCGCCGCCGGGGUUCUGCGAUAUCUCAAGCUGCGCCUGCUGCGCGAGUACCAGCUGCCGCAGGGCGAGCAUGCCGUGUGGUGUGAGCAUUUCAAGAUGGACGCCAGCUCAGUCUUGAUGCUGGCGACGAACAGAUCGAGGAUCCUGGCCAUUGACCUGCGGACCAUGUCGCUGCUGUAUGUGCUGGAGAACCCGGUACAUCACGGCACACCGACGUGCUUCUGCAUCGAUCGCAAGCGUAACUGGCUCUGCGUGGGCACGUCGCACGGCGUCCUAGACUUGUGGGACCUGCGCUUCAAGAUGCGCCUCAAGGGCUGGGGCGUGCCGGGCAAGAGCGCCAUCCACCGCGUCUGCGUGCAUCCUAGUAAGGGCCGGGGCAAGUGGGUCUGCGUUGCGGGCGGUACGGGCCAGGGCGAAGUCACGGUGUGGGACCUUGAGCGCACGACAUGUCGCGAGAUCUACCGGGUCGGCGGCGGCAGCAAGGAGGCGCUGAGGGGCUACGAGCCGUGGCAGGUCGACGAGGACAGGGUCGAGGGCAUGCUGGGCCGGUAUGCGACCAACAUCGAGCCGAGCGGCGGCGGCGGCAGCCACGGCACGGCGGACGGCGGCGUGCGCGCCAUGGUCGCGGGUACGGCGGUCGGCGAAGACACACGCGACGUGCGGCACGCAUUCAUCGUGACCGGGGGCUCGGACAAGAAGUUGCGGUUCUGGGACCUCGCGCGCGUCGAGAACUCGACCGUCUACAGCGGGCUCACGGCCGAGGAACAAAGGCCCGUGUUCACGGCGUCUCAGCCGACGGCGGCGCUGACGGUCAAAACGGAGAGGAUCCCGCGUGCGGCGCCCACGGCACCCAAUGCCGGGGCUGGGCGUGAGAAGAACGGUGCGGGCGGCGGUGGCGGGCGCAGCUCGCGGUCCACGGUCGUUUCGGUCCAGCAGCAGCAGCUCCUCAAGGCGCAUCUCGACUCGAUUACGGACGUGGCCGUGUUGGAGAUGCCCUAUUGCAUGACGGUGUCUGCUGAUCGGUCUGGGGUCGUGUUCAUCUUCUCAUGA